AUGGCUGCAUCUACUGAAGUAAAAAAACAAACCAAGAGAGGAGCAACUGACUUUGUUGCUGGUGGUGUUGCCGGUUUAUUCGAGGCUUUGUGUUGCCACCCAUUGGACACCAUCAAAGUUAGAAUGCAAUUGUACAGAAAAUCAGGUCAAAAACCACCUGGGUUCGUCAAGACUGGUAUCAACAUUGUCCAAAAGGAAGGGUUCCUUUCGCUAUACAAAGGGUUGGGAGCCGUUGUUAUAGGUAUUGUCCCUAAAAUGGCCAUUAGAUUCUCGUCGUAUGAGUUUUACCGUUCCUUCUUUUACGACAAGGAUGGUAAAAUUACUGCAGGUCAAACAUUUAUUGCUGGUGUGGGUGCAGGUAUAACUGAAUCCGUUAUGGUGGUUAAUCCUAUGGAAGUUGUUAAAAUCAGAUUACAAGCUCAACACCACUCCAUGAAGGAUCCUCUUGAUAUUCCAAAGUACAGAAAUGCUCCUCAUGCUGCUUAUGUCAUUGUCAAAGAAGAAGGUUUCAAGACCUUGUAUCGUGGUGUGUCAUUGACCUGUGCUAGACAAGCUACUAACCAAGGUGUCAAUUUCACGGUUUACUCCAAAUUGAAGGAAUACUUGCAAAAGAAACAAAACACUGAAAUGUUGCCAUCAUGGCAAACUUCCGGAAUUGGUUUGAUUUCAGGUGCUUUGGGUCCAUUGUCCAAUGCUCCUUUGGACACUAUCAAGACCAGAUUGCAAAAGUCAAGUUAUGCUAGCAACGAAAAAGGAUGGGUUAGAAUCGUCAAGAUUGGUAAGCAAUUGGUCAAGGAAGAAGGUACCGCUGCUUUGUAUAAAGGUAUCACUCCAAGAAUCAUGAGAGUUGCUCCAGGUCAAGCUGUUACUUUUACAGUUUACGAAUUUGUCAAGGAAUUGUUGACCAAAGAUUCAGUCUCGUUGACUGGAAACAACGAACAAAAGAAGUUGAAGUAG